AUGACAGAGUACGAUAUAACAGAGUUCAGUAUAGACGACAUCGAAGUUACAGAUUGGCCUGAUGUUAUACUACCGAAUCCUGACCCAACAGUCAAAGAAGCGGAUCCCAAUGUUUGGCAACGAGAUCCUUUGACACCAUCAGGUACACCAUACGAAGUGGAUAGUGAUGAACCAGAUGUGAGUGACUGUCAUACGAGAUAUUCCGGCGAGGCACCCUCAAACCCGUCGAACCCCAAUCCACAUCCACAAGCUAUCGAGAGACCCGAGAUUCAAGAGACUAACACACCAGUGAACAGUCAUAUCAACGAAAUGGAUUCUAUUUUGAACCAGAUCAACGCUUAUAGAGCCACAAAAGGCUUGACACCUUGGUCAGUCGAUAUUCGGUUGACACAAGAAGCACUAAACCAAACGACAUGGGUUUCCGAUAACCCGAGGUCCAUGGACAAUAUAGUUGAUCCCAUCACUGGAAUUAUCAAACAAGGUCACCCGAUUGAGGGCUACCCCAACGGAACAUUGUCUGAUGAAAGAAGACUUAACUUUGAAACAUCAGUAGAACGACCUUUGGAACUUAUGUACCUCGGAAGCAAAGCAGACAUGGUUGCCCAAUGGAUAGCUUCCGGGCUCCAUAGAGCAAUGCUAGAAUCCCCGCAACACAAAUCAAUGGGAGUGUCAUACAAGACAGCUCCCCGGUUAAGAUACGGUGGCGUAGGAUUUAUGUGGAUCGCAGAAAACGACGCACAAGCACCACCACAGAAUCCUCCACCAGAACCAGAACCAGUAGUGGACAUUAAAGACACUGCUUUGGAUAUAGCUGCGAAGAAGCUGAACUCCCCCUACAAAUGUCCUGAUCAUCCCGAUUAUCCGAACGAUUUACGAGAAGAACCCGAGCUGAACCGUCCGUCAGAUUGGCAAGAGAAUUUAUCAAUCGCAGAGAUGCAAGCGAUUGACGAGCUAUUAAAGGACUCUUAUGACCCUGUUUACAGGUAUCAUACUGCAGCCGGUCCAGGAUUGUAUCCGCCUACCGCAUCCGGGAAUUCACCCUGGUUAGGCAAGAACUCAAGUGUCUGGCCGAGACCCAAUGAGUUUCCAUUCCCGAAUAUCAACACAGUCUAUACAUAUGACGCUACUGUUUGUGGAGAAUAUGCCUCUGUAUAUGGAACAGAUGAUCCAGUCACAAACACUGUAUGGGAUUACCAAGAAUCAGAGCAUACACCUUACGAAGGCUUCAGGAAACCGGAGACGUCAUCUGAAAGGAAACACCGAUUAGCUAAAGAACAACAAUUUUUGGUAUUAUAUGACAACAAGUAUGGUGGGUUGAAAACCCCUCCUACACUACCUGUAUGGGUUUCCGAAAAAGGAUGGCCUGUAAACGAACUGACCGAGUUGUAUGAAGACUUUGGUCGAUUAGUCUACGAAAUGGCUUACUCCUUUGACAUGAACGAAGUGAAAGAUCCAUACGGCAAUCCUUUUGGAACACCACAAGAAUUCAUUGCUUUCAACUAUUGGUUGUACCAUCGACAAUCCACACCAGUGAGUGAGCAACCACCAAAUCGCGGGGAGAUUCCCGGGGAGCGCAUUAAUUUUAUGGAGAGCACAUCGCCACAUUGGCAAGUUGUUCCCGACUUUGCUGAAACUGACGCGGACUUCCCAUUUCCGCCAGGUAUAUUGGAUGACGGCAAUCCUAUCAAUGUAUUGAAUCACUUGAAUACAUUAACAAGCGACGCGUUAUUGACACCACCAACACCCCGGUCAUUUAUUCCUGCGGAUUUUACUGGAUACGUAUACAACAAUGACUUCCCCGCACUCCCUAGCGCGGUAAGGAAGCCACCAGCUGACUACUUCACGUUUUAUGCCUAUCAUCCUUAUGAGUAUUUACAUGAGUAUUCUAAGAGAUUUGCCAGCAGAUUUGAUAUGUCUGUGCUGGCAUUUACCAAAGAGUUAUUCGACCGUUAUCACAGUUUAACUGAAUACGAAUUUGGAUUCCCAAGUGACUUCCCUGCAGUGACAGUCGAAGAGAAACUUCCAAUAAGUAUUGAUGUUGUCAUUGAUUCAUAUAUGACAACACAUAUUUUGGAUCCGAAGUUUGAGAGCGAAAGGGCAAUGCGACUGUUUUUGGGAAUGAGCUGGUACAAUUUAUUGGUGAGUUUACCAUUCAAAGGCGUGGAUGUUGUGAAAGCAUCCACAUUUCCUCGGCUACAGAAAGUAUCACCAUUCGGUGAUACAUUGACUUUGGAGUUACCAAACGCUGAAAAGACGUUUGAUUCCUACAUGAGACAAAUUCGCCAAGCGAAUAACACGGAAUGGGACCAGGUAUUUGGUACCGCAGAUGAAAUCAUACCCAAUGAAAUGGUAUUCAUAGCCCAUGGUUUUGCCUACAAAGAACCUGAGUAUCAAACAGUAGCUGAUUUGGAAAACGCUGGACUUGGAGAUAUGUAUUUUCAAGAAUUUGAAGGAUUUUCCAGUCCCCUGGACAAGUACAUGCACGAAAGGGCUAUUGUCGUUGGACAUCAAAAAGGCGAAAUAGACAGCGAGCAUGUGUGCACAGGGUAUCCAAAUGGUACCCCCAAUCCUAAUGCUGAUGCUUCAUUCAUCUCAUUCCUUAAUAUCACCAACGGUUGGACAUGCAGCGACCCAUACAUGGAAUAUAUUGUCAACUUUCUCAAUGACGAGAGAGUCGCAUUAGGUAGAGCAAAGCUUAUUACCCAUGCACAUCUUGUGGCAACAGCCCAACGUCAUGUAAACGACUUCUUAGGACGUCAAUAUGAACCAACCAUCAUAUCACCAGAACCAGCACCCUGGGGCGUGACUACAGCAGAUCGACUGGUAACCAAUUAUUGGAUGGAUACUUCCGUUCAUACAGAAGUAGUGGCUGGCACAGACACACCAAUAGAAGAUCAGCUCGUGUACCCACCAGAUCUCGAAGCUUGGUUGCAUGCUAAUCCGACAGAGCUGGCAAAACUGACAGCACCAGAGAUGACAUAUAUUGGAGUGGGCUACAAUGAUUCAAUAUUUUACAAUGCAGGGAAAGAUCCUGUAAACCACGCCCCCCCUACAUCCACAAGAUGGUCACUUGUUGCAACAGGUCCUGUUAUUGACAUCGCAGAACCUGGUAGAAGAUGGAAGUAUAGAACUGAUGUCCCAGCACUUUGUUCUACAGUUCCAACACCUUUAAAGUGUUGUGGGAAUGAUUUUUACAAAAAAGAUUAUGAGACACCCCAACCACACCCUCAUCAUAUUCCUUGGGAUCUAGAUUUUUGGAGGAGUUUCAGACGUAUGAAAUUACACGCGCAAAAAACAGAAACACCAUUGCACUACACACACUACUAUUGGUGGUCCACCCGUGACAACACCAACAGGUCUAUACAUGAUCAUUAUAUAACGGCUAUGCCAGAGUACAAUGUAUCAUUUUCAUUUGUAUGGAGCUCAGUUUUCAACCCAAUCUGGAAUCAGUUACAAGACCCAUUGGACAAGAAUGAUGGUCUCUUCGUUGACGAAGAACAUGCAUACGACUUCUUUGAAUGGAGGCAUCAAGUGUUGCUCGGGGCUUCUUUAGAUGGCAUUUACGAUAACUGGGAUCCGAUGACGUCGUCAAUGGGCAAUCUGAUGCAGCGCUGUGGUACAGAGUUCUACAAAACAGAUGGUUCAUUCCCACCGUACAUCCCAGCUGACAUAGAAUUGCAAGACAAGAUGAGAUAUGUUUUGUUCUACCAAGAUAUAUUGAAUGAUAUGAAUACUCCAAGAACACUGUUUGGUGGCAACGAAGACACUGGAACAAAGUUUUUAUUUCUAACCUGGAUGUUUCGCAACAGACCAGCUGAUCGGACUAUGCAUGAUCAUCUCAUUGGCGAUGUUACGUCAGCCGACGCCUUUCAAACUGUCAUGGCUUUGACAUAUUCAAGACCUAACGCGUUUGAUGGAACAACACCGUUUUUCUGGGAAGAACGCCGACCGUUUUUUGAGUGGCGUAUUCGGGUAAAAAGAGGAGUUGAAGGAUUGGACACCCUUCUCCCUGAUGAUUUGUUUGAUACCUGGACACCCGGUACUCCUAUUGUGAUGGAUAAUUAUCCAAAUCCAGUGGGGCAUGUUGAGACCAUGUCAACACUCAACACAGGUCCUAUCUGGUCGUCAUAUUACUUACGGUUCCCGAAUACUUCCGGUAUUGACGAUACAAAUUUGAUACCCGGGGAACCAAUCACAAUGAUGGACUAUGUAUACAACUGGUUAUACCGAGACUUUGAGAUCGAUUUGAAGGGCGCCACCACACCAACAGAAGCCGCUACACUUCUAACACCAAGUGAACUACACAGCCGUCUUAUACCCCCAGGUUGGGAUGAUACAGAUACAUUGAAGCUUUUGACCUGGUAUAUGACAAAGCGUCAAACACCAGACAUGUACAAACCAUGCUCACAGGUAUCAACGCUUACCACAGGUAUAGUACCCCCUAUUGGGGUGGACGACAUGUGGCAACCUUUUUCUUUUUAUGAAAGCUAUUGUAAUGAAGGCGUUCAUCAGAAUCUAUUCUUGAACGAUUUCUAUAUUUUUCUGGACUAUCAAGUCGGAUGGUUAUACCGAGACUUUGAGAUCGAUUUGAAAGGCGCCACCACACCAGCAGAAGCAGUAUCUUUGGUUACAGAGAUUCAUCCCACAGUUGACAUUGGAACUAUCAGCAACCCUGACAAGUUGGAUUUCUUCGAAUGGUAUCUGGGCAGGAAUGACAAGGUUUAUGCCCCAUGUGAACCGGAACCAUUUCCAAGACCCCCUACAUUGAUUUCUAGAUCCGGUGAAGGAGAAGCUGACAUUUAUAUAAAAGACACUACGUACGAAAAUGGCAUUCCCAUUGUCACCGACAGGAAAGAAUGUAACGAAUGUUUUCACAAAUCAAUGUUAUAUGAAUAUAAAGAUACAAUCCUCAUCCGAUUUUGGGGAGCUCCGACAUCGGUUAAGAUUCGCGCUGAAUUCAUUACUAACCGCGAGUACCAAAUCGUGGAAGGAACAAAGUUUGGACAAUUUCAAACAUUUAAUAAAGGACACAAUCGCGCCAAGCACGCCAGUGCCAGACACGCCGUCCGAAGAGACCCCGGUUUGCCUUCAGCCACAAAACUGAAAAGGAAGAAACCAUACAUCCCAGGUCAUUAG